AUGUUCACAGUCCCCUCAGAGAUCCUUCGUUACCCGCGAUAUGAUACCAAGGCAAUUCAAGAUCACCCUGUUUGGAGCAAGCUUAAAAUGGCGGCGGCGAGUAUGGAUUUAUCGAGAGACUCAAGCGUCAAUUUGUUUUUCUUUGGAGUUAUCCAUUACGACUGGAAUCAUUGGUGCGCUGUUGGUGUAAACUUCAAGACGAGUGAAGUUGUUAUCUACGAUCCACAAAACACUGGCGAUAGAUUCGACGCAAUUAAAGGUUUUCUCAAGACGCAGGUGCUUCCACUUUUGCCGGCUCCGGAGUCGCCAAAGCGAUUUCGGUUUACACGAAUUGACCUGGCGCCCCAACUCGACGACUACAAUUGUGGAGUGUUUGUGCUCCUUUUCAUCGAGCUUCAGUUGUAUGGAGUGCAAGUGACUGGCUUGGAUAGUGAAAUUCGUAGCAGAGAGGCGAUGGAGUUCUUCCACUAUCGAUACCUGAGUCUUAUCUUAGCGUCAAUGUGA